AUGGCCAUCGCACCUGGUCAGCUCCCGGAUGAGCUCGUCAACCUUCUGGCUCUGCACUCGUCCUUCCUUACCGCGCUAUCACUCCACUACGCACACAAUGGCACCUCUACGCCUGCCGACAUUCGAGAUCUCACGGCGUCCGUCACACUGGUCUGGAGACAGCGCAAAGUCACAUGCGAUGACAUCCGCCUCAUCAUGGGCGUUCUCAACUACGGUCCCUCAGGCUUGAACAACCCCUACCACCUUUCAGACUACGGCCGCGGCAAGAUUGUACUGGAGAUCAGAGAAAAUAGUUCUAUGCUCGAUGGCAUGAUUGGUGUAAAUGAACAGGCGUUGACAGGCAUGUUCAAGGAGGGUCUGGAUAGCUUGUGGUCGCAGUGGUGCAUCUCACAAAAGAUGGCUACUCGACCGAUUGCGACACCAAAGAGGGGACGCGGACGACCGAAGAAGGCCGACGCCAAGCAAGCACGCCUCGAAACAUUCCUCGACGAUAUCUCCAUGUCCAAGUUUCUCGCCCAGCUCCCUCUUGCUGACGUCGAAGCAUGCGCAUCGCUCAACGCCAUUGCACCACUGCAAGAGAAAGGUCGCAAGAGAAUGAGGGAAUUCAAAGAAAGCGUAGAGCACGGUCGCACGCAGAAGAAGAGACAGGUCUCUGGCAAGGAGAACGAGUCCAUCCUCACACAGGGAGCCGAACCUGCACAAGCAAAGAUUACCGAGUUUGCUGCAGUUCGUAAAACCAACCUCCUGGAUCGCAUCCUCGCAAAACAAGAAGCGGCCAAAUGCGGGCCUACCGCCCCGACCGCUGCCGAGCUCCAACGAAGAGCAGCGCUCCAGCGCUCCGAGGAAGUGCUCGGCGUGCUCUCCCUCUUGUGCGCAAGCCGACCAGGAAUGCGCGUUUCCUUCUCCACAACUACGGUCCUGCAGCAACUACGGGGGUCCAUACGGUCUCCCAUCUCGAAAGAAGAGGCCAUGAAGUGUAUCGAAGUGAUAGCGAACGAAGUUGCGCCAGGCUAUGUCUCAAUGGUCAACAUAGGUGCUAUUUCUAGCGUUGUUGUCAUGCCUGCGAUGAGGCCUUUGGACGUGAAGAGCCGCCUUACCGCGCUAGGUGUGUAG